AUGGCCACUGAAGUCAUCGACGUUCCUGUCGUGAUCAUCGGCGGCGGAGGAGUCGGGCUCAACCUGUCUUGCUUCUUGUCCGACUACAAGGUCAAGCAUGUACUCUUCGAGAAACACCCUUCUACAUCUAUCCUCCCAAAAGCCCACUAUCUAAACCAACGUACCCUUGAGACGUUCCGCCAGCAUGGUAUGUGGGAUGCGGUCACGGCUCAGUCUGCGCCUCUCCACAACAUGAGUCGUGUCGAAUGGCGUACGACUCUUGGAGGAGAUGGGCCAUUCGACCGCCGGCUGAUCAGCACGAUGAACGCUGCUGGAGGAGGUCCUCAUUCCUCUAUGUCAGAAGCCUAUAAACGUGACUCUCCAGUCUCUGCAUCAAACAUUCCUCUACUGAGACUUGAACCGAUCCUUCGUUCUAUCGCCGAAGAACGUAACCCCGACGGAAUCUUUUUCAGUGCUGCUGUUGAUGACUUCGAAGAGGUGAACGGUUCUGUCCUAGUCACUGUCCGCAAGGGCGAUGGGUCUGUUGUCAAAUAUCGUGCUCAAUAUGUUGUCGCCUGCGAUGGCGGCAAAAUGUCCACGCAGAAACUUGGAAUCAACAUGGAGGGUCCUGCGGCAAUUAUAGACUUUGUGAGCACCCAUUUCAAAGCUGACUUGUCAGAUUACUGGGAUGACAGAACACUCAUUACACACUUUAUCAACCCCGAGGGCGGAUCUAUGGCACACCUCGACUGUGGUGCUCUGAUCCAGAUGGGUCCAACAUGGGGUCGCAAUUCUGAAGAAUGGGUUCUUACCUUUGGCUUUCCAAUGAAUGACAGCAAACGCUUUGAGACAGAUGCUCUUCCAGAACGGGUGCGUCAGCUACUCAAGCUUCCUGAUUUGGAGAUGGAAGUCAUGCAUGUCAACCACUGGGUUCUCGACCGAGUGGUCGCAGACAAAUACCGAGUUGGUCGGGUUUUCAUUGCAGGUGAUGCAGCUCAUCGACGACCGCCAGCUUCUGGACUAGGAUUGAACACCGGCAUCGAAGACGCCAAGAAUAUCGCGUGGAAGCUGGCCUUUGUCUUGCACAAUAAGGCCGAUGCAUCACUCCUUGAUACUUACGAGUUGGAGAGACGUCCUGUUGGCAUCCGGAACAGUGACUGGGCUUUCUUCAGUUUCAGCAAUAUGAACGUGCUUAGCGCAGGGGUUGGUGCAAUCCCAGGUGCGAAGGAGUUCAACCAGCAGCGAUUCGCGCAGCUUUUCGAAGACAGUGAGCGCGGCCGAUCAGCACUUCAUCACCUUCGACGUGUACUUCGAACACAGAAUGUUGAAUACAGUGCCCAUGAUAUUGAACUUGGGUUCAGCUACAACGACGGUGUUCUGGUUUCGGAUGGCACCACUGCACCUCUUUCGGAUCCCGAAGGCCAAAUAUACAACCCCACAACCCGGCCAGGACACCGCCUUCCGCAUGCCUGGGUCGUACAAAAUGGGUCCAUGGUCUCAACCCAUGAUCUCAUCAAGUCUGAUGGUGCAGACUUUGUCCUUCUCACGGAUGAAGACGGCGACAAGUGGGUCGAGGCGGCAGAGAAGCUUGCCCAGGAUACCAACGUCAAGGUGGCGACAGCUCAGAUCAGAGCUCGUGAUGUGACGAAGCCCAAGGGACUUUAUCUCGACCAUUCGGACUCAUGGGUCCAGCUCAAGGGUGUUGAAUCAGGCGGAGCCGUCCUUGUUCGACCUGAUAACUUUGUGGCAUGGCGUACGCCUCGGCUUAGCGAAACUCCAGAAGAGGAUUUGAAGUGUGCUCUCACGGAGCUGAUGCGUCAAAGCUUGCAGCAGGCUUCGCAACAAUCCUCCACUGAAGAUGUGACUGUUAAAGUCGAGAUCGAAGACAGCAAACUCAGCAACCCCAUGACUGAGCACAGCGAUGAUUCAAGUGCCACCGACUCCAGCAGUAUCGCCACGCCAGAGAAUGAAUUUACUGAACCACCAAAUCCGAACGCUGCCAGCUCAAAGUCGGGUGAGAAGGAUACUGGUAGUCUCGUGAUUGCCGUCAUCAACGAGCUUACUGCUCCGAUAAGCAGUAUAUAG